AUGACUUCAACCGAUACUUAUUUGGCCAUCCCCGGCUCCGUGGCGUUCUCUCGCUCUCGGGGUCUUGCAAUUGCUACUAGCAUUGGCGCUCAGGAUGUCCGGGCUCAGUGGAUUCACUAUGUGCACACCACCCAGCCUUUGGACGAGUCUAAGCGUGCCGUCCUUGAACAACUUCUCCGUUACGGCGAUAUUACCGAUGUUCCUCCCACCUUCGAAUCCUCCGAGGGCAACUUCGAUACCUUCUACAUCUACCCACGCAACGGUACCGUCUCACCAUGGAGCUCCCAGGCAACCGGUAUCUCCCACGUCUGCGGCCUGCAGCAGUACGUCAAGCGCAUUGAGCGGGGUAUGAAGAUUUCAUGCCUUCGCAACAGCGCGGAGGACUACAAACCGGAGUAUAUGGAUACUCUCCACGAUCGUAUGACUCAGAUCAUUGGUCAGGAAGAGCCGGAGUUGAGCCUCAUGUUCUCCGAGCACGCUCCUCAGCCUCUCAAGACCAUCUCCCUCCAGGACAGCACCAAGUCCCCCAAGGAGAUCCUUCAGGAGGCAAACAAGGAGCUGGGUCUAGCCCUGGAAGACUCUGAGAUUGAUUAUCUUGCUGAGGCAUACGGUCCCAAUGGCGCUAUUGCCCGUGAUCCAACCGAUGUUGAGCUUUUCAUGUUUGCACAGGUCAACUCAGAACACUGUCGCCACAAGCAAUUCAACGCAUCCUGGGUGAUUGACGGCAAGCCUAUGCCCAACAGUCUCUUUGCUAUGAUUCGCAACACACACAAGAAGCACCCCGAGCACACCAUCAGUGCCUACAGUGACAACGCCGCCGUGCUGGAGGGUCCCGAGUCCGCAUUCUGGGCUCCUGACCCGACCACUGGACAGUGGAUGCACACCAAGGAAGUUGUUCACUUCCUGGCCAAGGUUGAGACGCACAACCACCCUACUGCAGUUUCACCUUACCCUGGUGCUGCUACUGGUUCCGGCGGAGAGAUCCGUGACGAGGGUGCUGUCGGUCGUGGCUCACGCCCUAAGGCCGGUCUCUCUGGAUACUGUGUGUCAGACCUGUUGAUUCCUGGCCUCAAGCAGCCUUGGGAACUCGAUGUUGGCAAGCCUAACCACAUCGCCAGCAGCUUGGAUAUCAUGUUGGAGGCACCCAUUGGAAGUGCUGCUUUCAACAACGAGUUUGGUCGUCCCUGCAUUGGUGGCUACUUCCGUACUCUCCUCACCGAGAUUGAUGUUGGCAAUGGCGAGAAGGAAGUGAGAGGAUACCACAAGCCCAUCAUGAUUGCUGGUGGUGUUGGAACCGUUCGCCCUCAACACGCCAUCAAGCACCCCGAUGUUGUCAAGCCCGGUGCUUUCCUCGUCGUUCUGGGUGGCCCAGCCAUGCUUAUUGGCCUGGGAGGAGGUGCUGCCUCCAGUAUCGCUUCCGGUGAAGGAUCUGCCGAACUUGACUUUGCCAGUGUUCAGCGCGGCAACGCCGAAGUUCAGCGGAGAGCCCAAGAAGUCAUCAAUGCCUGUGUGGCUAUGGGAGAUAACAACCCCAUCAAGUUCAUUCACGACGUUGGUGCCGGUGGUCUGUCCAAUGCCCUCCCCGAAUUGAUUCAUGACUCCGGCCUCGGAGCUACAUUCGAGCUUCGUGAGAUUGACAACACCGACCGUAGCAUGAGCCCCAUGCAGAUUUGGUGUUGUGAGGCCCAGGAGCGUUACGUCAUGGCCGUUGGCGAGGACAGCAUGAAUAAGUUCACUGCUAUUGCUAACCGCGAGCGCUGUGGCUUCUCUGUCGUCGGUCGUGGCGGCGGCUCGUCUGAGGAGGAAAAGAGACUCAUUCUCCUUGACCGUGAGUCCAAGGAGUACCCGGCUCCUAUUGACCUCCCUCUGUCCGUGCUUUUCGGAAAAACUCCUCGCAUGACCCGGACUGUCGAUUCGCGCAAGCUGAAGCUUCCUGCUGUUGACUCUAGCCUCACCAAGUACCUUCCAUCCCUGACCUCCAAGAUGGAGAUCGUCGAUGAAGCUAUCAAGCGAGUCUUGUCUCUGCCUGCAGUUGGCUCCAAGUCUUUCUUGAUUACCAUCGGAGAUCGUACUGUCGGUGGUCUCACAGCCCGUGACCAGAUGGUUGGUCAGUGGCAGACACCUGUGUCAGAUGUUUCGGUCACUGCUACAUCCUUGGCCCAGGGUACCAGGACUGGUGAAGCUUUCGCUAUGGGCGAAAAGCCCACCUUGGCCCUCAUCUCCGCUGCUGCAUCUGCCCGCAUGGCUGUUGCUGAGUCGCUGAUGAAUCUUGCUGCUUCCGAUCUUGUGGACCGUCUGAGCCAGGUCAAGCUCUCUGCCAACUGGAUGUCUGCCGGUAGCCACCCUGGUGAGGGUGCUGCUAUCUACGAAGCAGUUGAGGCUGUCGGUCUGGACCUGUGCCCCAAGCUUGGCAUCAGUAUCCCCGUUGGCAAGGAUUCUAUGUCUAUGAAGAUGAAGUGGAAGGAUGAGGCCUCUAACGAGGCCAAGGAGGUCACUGCCCCUAUGUCUUGUGUCAUCUCCGCAUUUGCACCUGUUGGAGAUUUCACCAAGACCUGGACUCCAGCCCUUCGUCGUUUCGAAGAUGUUGGCGAGACUGUCCUCAUGUUUGUUGAUCUUUCAUUCGGUCGCAAAACUCUUGGUGGAUCAGCUCUUGCCCAGGUCUUUAACGAAGUUGGUGCUGAAUGCCCUGAUGUUCACGAUGUUGAUCUGUUCCGUGACUUCUUCGACGCUACUCAGCAACUUCAGGAAGCCGGAAUUGUCCUGGCUUACCACGACCGUUCCGAUGGUGGUCUUCUGACUACCCUGGCUGAGAUGAUGUUCGCUGGUCGUUGCGGUGUCGACAUCUCGCUUGACACCAUUUGCUCUUCCUUCAACACUAAGGAUGUCAUUGAGUCUCUCUUCACCGAGGAACUUGGUGCGGUCUUCCAGGUUCGCAAGGAGCACGAGAUCCAGUUCCGCUCAUGCUUCGCCACUUGCGGUCCUCCUCCAGGCCUGAUCCACAAGAUUGGACGUGUCUCUCAGCAGCCCAAGCAGAACCUCGCCAUCUACCACAAGGCCUCUUUGAUUUACCGCAACACCCGUUCCAGCCUCCAGCAAACCUGGGCCAAGACCUCAUACCACAUGCAGAAGAUCCGUGACAAUGCGGACUGUGCUGAGCAAGAGUAUGCCAACAUCCUUGAUGAUACUAACCCUGGUCUGUCAUGGAACCCCACUUUCGACCCCAAGGACAAGGGCUUGCCCAUGAUGACUAGCUUGUCUCAAUAUUCUCCUUUCUCCAACAAGCCUCGCGUUGCCAUCCUUCGUGAGCAAGGUGUCAACAGUCAAGCCGAGAUGGCCUUUGCCUUCAACACCGCCGGUUUCUCCGCUGUCGAUGUCCACAUGACUGACAUCAUCUCCGGCCGCGUUUCCCUUUCCAGCUUCGCCGGUCUUGCUGCCUGCGGUGGUUUCUCCUACGGUGACGUCCUGGGUGCCGGCCAAGGUUGGGCCAAGUCCGUUUUGCUGCACGAGAACACCCGCAAGGAGUUCCAAGACUUCUUUGAGCGCCCCGACACCUUCGCCCUCGGUGUCUGCAACGGUUGUCAGUUCCUGUCUCGCGUGAAGGAUUUGAUUCCUGGUGCAGGCUACUGGCCCAGCUUCGAGCGCAACACCAGCGAGCAGUACGAAGGCCGUGUCUGUAUGGCCCGUAUCUCCGACCCCGACCCAUCCAACCCUAGCGUCUUCUUCCACGGCAUGGACGGUACUUCCCUCCCCAUUGCCGUUGCCCACGGUGAAGGUCGUGCCUCAUUCGCCUCCUCCCAGGGUAUCUCAGCUUCCGACUUUGUGCGCGAGGGUCUCGCCCCCGUUCGCUUCGUCGACAAUGGCUCCCUUAAGCCUACCAUGAAGUACCCAUACAACCCUAACGGUAGUCCUGAGGGUAUUGCUGGUAUUCGCAGCCCUGACGGUCGUGUCUUGGCUAUUAUGCCUCACCCCGAGCGCACUGUCAUGAACGGUAUUGCCAGCUGGCUGCCUCCCAACGCUGAGACCUGGGGCGACAUUGGUCCUUGGGGACGUGUCUUCUACAGCGCCAGACGCUGGGUCGGUUAA